GCUCAAAACGUUUCCUAAUUGUAUAAUUAUUACUUCUUUUCUAUGAAUUUCAAUAUUUUACUCAUUUGCAUAAUAAAUUGAACGAUUUUUAGUUUUUAUACUUCAGUGUUUUUCAAUAAUCUUUAACAAAUAUGAACGUUGAAGGAACUCACUUGUCCGAAAUGUUAGAACUUUAUGUAUGCACUAAAUUGUCUGAACCUGAAUUAAAUGCUCGGAGGUACAGGAGAGGUAUGACGAUUAGUGAAUUGAAAAACAAAUUAGAAAUGAUUACCGGUCGAUCGGCUAGUAGUAUGAUGCUGUCAGCUUAUGAUAAAGACAAGUUAAUAGUCAAGCUGGAUGAUGAUGAUUUACAGCUUGGUUCAUAUCCUAUUGAAAAUGGUAUGUUUUUAUUGGUUGAUGAUCCUACAUUUGAAUCAUUUCAACAAGAUGAAAUUGAUUCUUUUAAGAUGACUAAGGAAGAAUAUGAUGCAAAACAAGAAACACUGAAAAGCUUUUUGAAAAACAACAAGUUAGGCAAAUAUAAUCCAGAUUAUCAGAAGCAACGUGAACUAGAAAACUUAGAAAAAGAACAACAGGAGAAUAUUGAAAAAGAACAAAUUGACAAAAUGGAAGUUGGACAAAGGUGUUGUAUUCGCUUACCGAAUAAACCUACCCAACAUGGUACUGUUAUGUAUAAAGGACGAUUAGAUGGCAAGAAAGGUUAUUGGGUUGGUGUAAAAUAUGAUGAACCAUAUGGUAAAAAUGAUGGUUGCUUAAAUGGAAAACGAUAUUUUGAAACUCUUCCUAAGUACGGAUCUUUUGUUACUCCUUCAGCAAUUGAAAUAGGUGAUUUUCCAGUUAUUGAUGAUGAACUUUAAUCAUUUAUUUAUUUUUAUGUUCUUAAUAUCACUCUCAUUAUUUCCUAACAUCAAUAAAUUAGAAUUAAUAAUA